GAUCUCCCCACCUCGGCAUGGACCAGAAUCUUCCACCCCACCAAGUAAGGUGGUGAGGGGCACCAGGGGAUAUAUCUGUAUACCCCUUAUAUAUCCUGUAUACCCCUGUAUAUACGGGGGCUGAGAGACAAGAGUUGGAGGCUACUCAGUAGGCAGAAUUUUGAACUGGAAGCAGAAUGGCACCAGUAAUUGAGUCAAGCCUGAGGAAGGGCAGCCUGGGUUCUGAGGGGGGCCCUGGCCACUGGAAUGUACUGUGCACACUCUAAACAGUGGGGUCUCCACCCAGCCAAGGCUGCAAUCUCCCAAGGCCAGAGCACAAACUGCAGGCCACCCUUAAAUGCAGAGCAGGGUAGCUAAAUCACAUGUGGGCAGAAACACUAGCAGCCCUGUUCACUUCCAUCAAACAAGCAGGGGCCUCCCCAGGCCUGGCAAAAGGAUCCCAGUGCCCACUCCCUCCACUUGGGACUGUCCUAUACUGGCUUUAGAACAGAGGGUUCUGCCUAACUUCAGCCAUCAUUCCACCCCAGAAGCCCCCAUGGGCCCUUGUAUCUGAGGGUGGGUGAUCAGUAUAUGGAGCCUCAGACCCCAGGAGCUGUAACCUGCCCCUCCCCCACACCAAGCCAGAUAGAACCUGAGGCUGAAGGGAUCCCCACCUCCAGGAAGUCUGCCUGCAUCACAAAGGAACUCCUAGAAGCCUGCAGGAUCUAGCACCUAGCCAGCCAGCUCAGCUAAGCCCUAGGCCAGCCUGACUUAGCCCAGAGCUGUCGUGACUGAGUGACCAGGUGACCACUGUCUGGAGAGCCCCGUGGGGAUGGUGGAAGUAGCCCACAGCCCUGGACAGAGGUGUCGCAGACGCUGCCUGGAGGUGGGGCUGCUGCUGCUGCUGACCGCUGGAGCGCUGGCGGCCCUGGGCCUGCUCUACACCCUGGGCAAAGGGAGGCAGUGGCCACUCUUCUCUAGCCGGCUUUGCUUCUCAGAGGAAAAGAGGACCGUUGUAAAACGAGAAUCCCGAGCCAUCAAUGAAUCUGAAGUGGAUGAAAUCUGCAUCUCCCCCGGGUGCGUGCUGGCAGCUGCCAGGAUGCUCCAGAACAUGGACCCUUCCAAGGAGCCAUGCGAGGACUUCUACCAGUAUGCUUGUGGGGGUUGGCUGCGACGCCACAUCAUCCCGGAGUCCAACUCCCGCUAUAGCGUCUUCGACAUCCUGCGCGAUGAGCUGGAAGUGGUCCUGAAAGGCGUGCUGGAGAACUCCACCAGCACCGACAGGCCCGCAGUGCAGAAGGCCAAGAUGCUCUAUCGCUCCUGCAUGAACCAGAGUGUGAUUGAGAAAAGGGGCUCUCAGCCCUUGGUGGACAUCAUAGAGACAAUGGGUGGCUGGCCAGUGACCAUGGACAAGUGGAAUGAGACCAUGGGCCCCAAGUGGGAGCUGGAACAGCAGCUGGCCAUGCUAAACGGGCAGUUUAACAGGCGAGUCCUCAUUGACCUAUUCAUCUGGAACGACGACCAGAACUCCAGUCGCCACAUCAUCUACAUAGACCAGCCUGCCUUGGGCAUGCCCACCCGGGAAUAUUAUUUCAACGCCGGCAAUAACCAGAGGGUACGUGAGGCCUACCUGCAGUUCAUGGUGUCAGUGGCAUCGAUGGUACGGGCUGACAUGAACCUGCCAGAGAACAGCUACCUGGUGCGUGAGGACAUGAAGCAGGUGCUGCACCUGGAGACUCAGCUUGCCAAUGCCACCGUCCCCCAGGAGGAGAGGCAUGAUGUCACGACCCUGUACCACCGGAUGGACCUGGAGGAGCUCCAGAACAGGUUCAGCCUGAAGGGGUUUAACUGGACCAUCUUCAUACAAUCUGUGCUGGCCUCUGUCAAAAUCAAGCUGCUGCCAGAUGAAGAGGUGGUGGUUUACGGCAUCCCCUACCUCCAGAAUCUUGAAGACAUCAUAGAAGACAUUUCCCCCAGGACCAUGCAGAACUACCUGGUCUGGCGCCUGGUGCUGGAUCGCAUUAGCAGCCUUAGCCAGCGAUUCAAGGAAGCGCGUACCAACUACCGCAAGGCGCUGUAUGGCACCACAGUGGAGGAGGUGCGUUGGCGCGAGUGCGUCAGCUAUGUCAACAGCAACAUGGAGAGUGCCGUGGGCUCCCUGUAUGUCAAGGAGGCCUUUUCUGGAGAGAGCAAAAACUUGGUGAAGAACCUCAUCAACACUGUGCGCAAGGUAUUCGUGGAGACUCUGGAUGAGCUGGGCUGGAUGGACCAGGAGUCUAAAAAGAAGGCACAGGAGAAGGCUCUGAGCAUCCGGGAGCAGAUUGGAUACCCUGACUACAUCCUGGAGGAGGGGAAUCAACAGCUGGAUGAGGAGUACUCCACUCUGAACUUCUCGGAAGACCUGUACUUUGAAAACGGCCUGCAGAACCUUAAGGCUGGUGCCCAGAGGAGCCUCAAGAAGCUUCGGGAGAAGGUGGACCAGAACCUCUGGAUCAUCGGAGCUGCUGUGGUUAACGCCUUCUACUCCCCAAACCGAAACCAGAUUGUGUUCCCCGCUGGGAUCCUCCAGCCUCCCUUUUUCAGCAAAGAGCAACCACAAGCCUUGAACUUUGGGGGAAUCGGGAUGGUAAUCGGGCACGAGAUCACCCACGGCUUUGAUGACAAUGGCCGGAACUUUGACAAGGAUGGCAAUAUGCUGGACUGGUGGAGCAACUUCUCGGCACACCACUUCCGAAAGCAGUCAGAGUGCAUGGUCCACCAGUAUGGGAACUACUCCUGGGACCUGGCCGACCAGCAGAAUGUGAACGGGUUCAGCACGCUUGGGGAGAACAUUGCAGACAAUGGAGGGGUGCGGCAGGCCUACAAGGCCUACCGGAAGUGGGCGGAGGACGGUGGCAAGGACCAGCAGCUGCCCGGCUUGCGGCUUACCUACGACCAGAUGUUCUUCAUCAACUAUGCCCAGGUGUGGUGCGGGUCCUAUCGGCCUGAGUUCGCCAUCCAGUCCAUCAAGACUGACGUGCACAGCCCCCUGAAGUACAGGGUGCUGGGCUCGCUGCAGAACCUGGCUGCCUUCGCCCAAGCCUUCCAGUGCGCCGAGGGCACCCCCAUGCACCCGCAGGAGCGCUGCCGCGUCUGGUAACCGAGGUCGAGCCGCGCCCCCCGCGCCCCGUGCCCGCCCUGCGCGGAGAAGGUGCCGCCGGCGGGGGCCGGCUGAGCACGGACUGCAGCGCCGCCCCGCCCCGCCCCGGACGCCCUCCGCCAGGGAGGGCGCUGUCCCCGGCGCCCCAUCAUGUCCCGCCCGAGUCAAGGCCGCACUGCUGCAGCCCUGCAGGCGCACCGCCGCCGUCAUUAGCCCACUCCACCGUGUCUGCUCAGACUUCCAGCUUCAAACUUGAGCCAAGUAAAAGCUACAGAGAAUCGUG